AUGUCUGCAAAUAUUGCAAACUCGACAGCAACCGACAACAUGAACGGUAACUUUGAUAAUUUUGUAUCUCAACAAAAUGACUUGGGCCAGCAAGGUUAUGAAGGAAAUAUCACCACCGCUGGAUCCACUAUACCUACUGAUAGCUCAUAUAACAACUCAGGCGGUGGGACUUAUGACUCGGUUCCCACCAGCGGUGUUAAUGACUCUACUGUCAAUUCAGGCUAUGGAAACACUAGCGGUUACGGAAAUAAUACUUCUACAGCUGGCACUACUGGGGCUUACGUUGAUACAACAGACAACACUACCGCUGGUGCUUACAGUAACGCCCCUAAUCCUGGCACUGCUGAAGGCUUUGGCAAUACAAACGCUACUAGUAAUACUGGAGCUGCCACUGCUACUUACGGCAACAACACUACUGGAGGCAAUGCUGGUGCCACAAACACUACCGACACGGCUGCUGCUAAUGGAAAUCAGACACAAGGUAAGCAAUCCUUGGCUGACAAAAUUGAAGCUUGGCUUGAAAAGCUAGUCAGCAAGUUCAAGAAGAAUAAAACACCAAAUUAA